GAUCGGCAAGCUAUGGCUUCCAGACUUCGUCUGCAUCGUCAUCCUCAGCAACACAGCCGAUCCUACGACAAGGUUGCCGGACUUUAAAAGACAUCAUGGUGCCCUCGGUCUAUCAAUGUCCGACUUUAUUUUUAUUCUCCAAGAUUCAAAUACUGUCGAUUCCUCCUAGCAUCGCAACAUUCUUCCCAUUGAAGCAUCACUAUCACCAUGUCGUAUCCUAAAGCCCACGACCUCAACUGCCUGACUAUUGGCGAACUUGAAGCGCUAGCUACCCAACGCAUGGACAAGCUGACGCGCGACUACUACAAUGAAGGCGCAGACUCCGGCUCCACGUUAGCAGAAAACAUAUCCGCGUACCAGAAAUACCGCAUCCGCCCUCGCGUGCUGCGCGACAUCUCUUCCAUCGACACCAGUGUCAACAUUUUUGGCCACAAGAACAGCAUUCCGUUAGGUGUCGCGCCAACCGCUAUGCAAUGCCUUGCGCAUCCCGACGGCGAACAUGCAACAGCCCGCGCGUGCAAGAAGAUGGAUAUUGUCAUGGGCUUGAGCAGUUUCAGUACAAGUACUAUUGAAGAGGUGAAAGAAUCUUUAGGGACUGAACAUCCGGCGGCGCUUCAAUUGUAUCUUUUUGAAGAGCGGGAGCAAAGCAGGAAGAUGAUCCAAAGGGCUAAGAAGGCUGGGUACAAGGCCGUGCUUUUGACGGUCGACACGCCUCUGCUUGGGAGGAGAAACUUGGAAAUUAGGAACCAGUUCAAGUUGCCGAAACACCUCCGGGUCGCAAACUUCACGCUCGGUCAGAAUAACAACCAAAUGGACAGUAUUGAAGAGAAAGAUGUAGAACUAAACACCAGUACCGCUGGCAGCGGAGCCGGCCACGACAGCAGCUCUAAGCGUGCGCCGCCUACAGGAUCUAUAACCUUCCACUCCCACGCUCCCAAUCCGACACUGACCUGGGAUCGCGACAUUGAGUGGUUAAAGCAGGAAUGCUACCCCGAAAUGGAAGUCUGGGUAAAGGGCAUUGCCACUGCCGAAGACGCCCUGCUAGCCUGCCAGCACCGUGUCGACGGCAUAAUUGUUUCAAACCACGGCGGUCGGCAACUCAACGGCGCGCUCGCAACUCUCGAUGCGUUGCCCGAAGUCGUGGACGCUGUGCGCUCCCAACCUAAUAGAGUUCCCGUUCACGUGGACGGGGGGAUACGACACGGCACCGAUGUGUUCAAGGCAUUAGCGCUCGGCGCAGACUUUGUGUGGGUUGGACGGCCGGUGCUUUGGGGAUUGGCAUACAAGGGAGAGGAAGGCGUGGAACUCUGCUUGAAGUUGCUCAGUGAUGAGUUCAAAUUAUGUAUGGGGCUUGCUGGAGUGACAAAGGUAGAGGACAUUGGGAAGGAGUAUCUGGUCAAGAUUGACAGGAGUGGGUUUGUCAGUCGUUUGUAAGAGCGUAUUUGUAAAGCCUUAGCCAAGGGUGUAUGUCAUCGCGCAUGGGCAAUUUCCAAGGAUUCAUGGGCCAAUAUCUGUGUCAGCCUAGAGACCCUCGUUCUCUGUCUAAUCUUCUGCUGCAACCAGGCUCUGUUUGCCUUACAAGCGAACGAGGGUCAUAGCUUGAGGAGAGCAGUCAAUAAGAAGCCAUAAGGGUCUCCGAAACCCUCGAUUUCUAUCCAG